AUGGUCGCAAGCCUCGACCACGGGGAAGCGAUCCAGGCAGUGUUCAAUCGCUGUGAUGCUGACAAGAGUGGCAGCAUUGAUGUGAAUGAAUUGGGGAAAUGUAUGCGUUUGCUGGGCAUGAACCCCACAGAAGCGGAGGUAGUGGCUGCAAUGGAAAGUGUGGAUGAGAACAAGAACGGAAAGCUCGAGUUUGACGAGUUUCGUGGCUUGAUGGAGCCCAGACUGUCGGAAUGGCUGCAAAACGAUCAAGUCAAAGUCCUCACAGAUUGCUUCAAGGUGUUUGACACCGAAGGCACGGGCAAGAUCAGCAAGGAGAUGCUGAGCCAUAUCAUGACAUCACAGGGUGACAAGCUGACGGAGGCUGAGCUCGACAGAAUGAUGAAGGCAGCUGAUUCAGAUGGCGAUGGAAUGAUUGAUUACCAGGAGUUUGUGAUCAAUCACUUCUUUGGACCAAAUAGCCGAGUUUCUACUGGCACUUGGGGGUCCCUUUCUUGGUCAGGCUCAGUCUCUGGGCACAUCUCCAAUGCCUACACUGCAGCGUCAGAGUCCGUGAAUGCGGCAGUUGCAAAUGUUCCCAGCGUGGGAGAGAUGGUGGACAGUGCGAAGAACGUUGCAGACAGCGCAGCAACAAAAGCUCAAGAGAUGGUUGCAAAUGCUCCAAGCAAAGAGGCGGUGGUUGAAGGUAUCAAGGAUGCUGCUUCAAAUGCUGCAACUGUGGCCGGAGAGGCAGUUGCAGUUACAAGAGAUGCAAUUGCCGAGCAAGCAGCACAAGCUGCUGCCGCGGUGGCACCUCCGGCUGCACAGGAACAGGAUGUCGCACAAGAAGUAUCAGCAGAAGCUCCUCCCGCUGCGGAGCCGGCAGAAGUUCCAGAGGUGGAAGAAGGCAAAAAGGAGGAACCACCAGCAGCAGGGCAGGCCGUGGUCUAUGAGUAUGGUGCAAACAUCAGUGACUUUUGGCAGGUCUUUUACGCUGUGAGGGGAGCUUCCAGCUUCUUCUCGGCGGUAGAAACCUACAAGCGGUCUCAACAGAGCCUGUCCAGAGUGGAGCAAUUGCAAGAUGCUUUUGCCACCUUGGAUGAGGAGAAGCAGGCGCAGACCAUCUCAUGCAAUCCGAAUCCUGUUGAGCAUUUUGAACAGGGAAGAAGCAGCAUAGAGACGCCAACGGGCACGCCCCUGCUUGCAGGGCUCACGUUCAAGGUGGAGUCUGGAAGACACUUGGUGAUUUGCGGGCACAAUGGUGCUGGAAAGUCCUCGAUUUUCCGUUGCCUUGCAGGCCUUUGGCCUGUGGCAAAGGGGACUAUCACGUGUCCAAAUGCAUGCUCAAGUGGGCUUCACAGAGAUGUCUACUACUUGUCGCAAAGACCUAUGAACAUUGUGGGAACUUUGUCAGACCAGCUCACAUAUCCGACUCCAGUGCCGGGCGGCCUUUCUGCCCAGGACUUGAGGCAGUGGUUGGCGUAUGUCGGCAUGGCUCACUUUGUGGAUAGAGCUGAAAGCAAAGGAACUUUGCAGGAAGAAGCUGAUUGGGGUUCAAGGUUGUCUCUGAGCGAGCAACAACGUCUGGGGAUUGCGCGUGUUCUCUACCACCGGCCGAAGUUUGCUGUUCUUGACGAGUGCACCUCCGCAGUGUCCAAGGACCUGGAGCACUGGCUCUUCCAGGCGAGUCCGAAAAGACUCUUCUCCAGAUCUGCGGUGCUCAGUGAAUAG